AUGACGUGCCACAAAGCAUCAUCCGAAAACAAUAAGAUUUCAUAUGAAUUAUUCAAAAGGAUAAAAGUGAAAGGGGUUUGUUUUCAUGGUAAAGAAUUUUCAUUCAUGAUCAAGGAAAUUGGAUGGAAGGAAAAGACAAAGGCGCAAUCAAUUGAAAUGAAAUGUUUAAGUCAUAAGAUGAAUUACGUAACACAAGGAAAAGGAUAUUUUAUGAUUCAUAUAUGA